AUGGUCGAUCAGAAAAUCUACGACAGGUGGCUAAAGGAUUCAGACGCCUGGGUACCAGAAGAUGACUGGGAUCCAACUCAGUAUUAUGAAUGGUGCAUGCGCCUAAAAGACGCGAAAACCAAGUUAAAGACAACUUUCAAAGAGGUUGACGAGAAAGUCCUUGCGGACUGCAAAUCGCUUUGUGUGAAAAACCAGCCUAAUGUUUCAUCGCCUGAGAGUCUCAACGUCUCAAAGAUGAUUACAAGAUACUGCAGUGCCUACAACUUCUACGCGCGUUCCGCUUUUGAGGACCUUAGCGACAAUGUGCUCGUGACACGUGCUCAGAAGCAUCUUGGGAAAAUGGGUAUCGGGAUGAUGAACUACGAAGUGGCAAGGAUGUUGCAGAAAGCAGCCGACAAAGUUGCCUUCAAAGAUGCCGUAUCUGAGAUACUCACUGAGUUUGUGCAAACCAUCGAACCGUGUCUACCUGUCGCGCUCGCAUGGCGCUUUGAUGUAAAUCCAUAUAGUCAUAUUACUGAAGCUGUCGUGUUGGCGCUCGCGCACGGAACUGUGGACGGUAUUCCUCCAAAAACGACCGAUUUGCCGGCAAUCAUCGGCGAAGUCAAGAAGCAGUAUCCGGAUAAUUUCAAGUAUUCUUUGGAGAAAGAUAUAUCGAAGGCUCUAAACAGCGAUGAGCGGAUCAAGCAGUUUAUGACAGUUCGUACCGAUCCAGGUUUACCAGAUCUUGCCGAGAACCUGGAAAGAGAACUAGCAUUGCUGAAGCUUGUCAUGUCUUCGGGCGACCUCGCAGGCUUAUUGGAUAAGGCAGCUGGUUAUGAACGAGACUAUCUUUCCUGGCAGAAAACCGUCGGUCCAUCGGUGACAGCCAUCAGUCGCCUCGGGAAACGUUCCGCCGGGCUCGAUGCUGCGAAGUUGGCGGAAUAUGCACGAAAGCAUGCCUACCGUCCACGGUAA